CUGUGCGGACCUACCAACCACCUCUCUCCUCUCCUUCACUGAAUCUCUUCAUCUCUCUGUCUCUCUCCUCCGGUCCUCCGGUCCUCCGGUCUCUGCUAUGACAGCUCACACCAGCAGCGUGUUGCCCGAUCUCAGACCGUCAACCCGUCACCGGUUAUCCUGUCCAAACGUUAACAUGGACAUGUGUGUGUGGGAUAUUCGUGAUUGAUCCUCGGGUGUAAAAUUUUUUGUUUUUUUGUUUUUGCUUUUGUUUUUUCUAUAUAGAAACGAAAGAAAAAGGAGGAGGGGGGCGGCCGUCCUCUUUUACCCCCCUCCGCUUCCUUCAGCCAAGCAGAGCGGCAAGGUGGGGAGAAGGCUUUAAAAUUAAGCCAGCUUGGAUUUAUUUAACAGCAAAAUGACGGAUUUGGGAGCGCCGGAGAUGCUGCUGAUGAGCAGGAGGCUGAAUGUGAAGAAAACGGGCAGGCUGAGAGGCGACCUCCCGCUUCUCCUCCUGCUGGGGCUUCUCAUCGGGGAUUUCUCCUCGUCCAAGGCUGAAUCUUGCGGUGGUGUAGUCCAAGGCCUGAAUGGCACCAUAGAGUCACCUGGUUUUCCCCACGGCUAUCCCAACUACGCCAACUGUACAUGGCUGAUAAUAACAGGGGAGAGGAACCGAAUCCAGCUAACCUUCGUCACGCUGGCGCUGGAGGAAGACUUUGAUAUUGUAUCAGUUUACGAUGGACAACCAUCGCCUGGCAACUUAAAAAUGAGGUUAUCAGGAUUCAUGCUGCCCUCCCCUAUAGUCAGCAGUGGAUCUAUAUUGGCCUUGUGGUUUACCACAGACUUUGCCGUCAGUGCACAGGGCUUCAAAGCUGUGUACGAAGUCCUGCCCAGCCAUACGUGUGGCACCCCAGGCCUCAUUCCAAAUGGGGUCAUUCAUGGCUCACGGUACAACAUGGGGGACAAGAUCCGAUACAGCUGUGAGUCAGGUUUUGUAUUGGAAGGACACAGUAUCCUCACAUGUAUUGUAUCACAUGGCAGUGGAGCACAGUGGGACUUCCCAUCACCAUUUUGUAGAGCGGAGGGAGCAUGUGGCGGUACGUUACGAGGCACCGCAGGUUCAAUAACCAGCCCAGGAUACCCUGCAGAGUAUGACAACAACCUGGACUGUACGUGGUCGAUCCUCGCUGAACCCGGGGACACCAUAGCUCUGGUCUUCAAUGACUUCCUUUUAGAGGACAAAUAUGACUUCCUGGAAAUCAGUGGGACAGAAGCACCAAGCAUAUGGUUGACUGGUACAACCCUGCCCUCACCAGUGAUAUCAAAUAAGAACUGGCUUCGGAUACAUUUCACCUCAGACAGCAACCAUCGUCGAAAAGGAUUCAGCGCUCAAUACCAAGUUAAGAAAGCAAUAGAGCUGAAGUCCAGAGGGGUGAAGAUGAUGCCCAGUAAAGACUCCAGUCACAAAAAUGCUGUCUUGAGUCAAAGCGGUCUUGCUGGUGAUGUUUGUCCAGAUCCUGGAGUUCCAGAAAAUGGCAAGAGGAUGGGCUCAGCCUUCCAAGUUGGCUCCAGCGUCCAGUUCAGUUGCGAUGACAGCUACGUACUCCAAGGAUCUAAAAGUAUCACCUGUCAACGAGUCACUGACACACUGGCUGCCUGGAGUGACCACAGACCCAUCUGCAGAACUCGUACCUGUGGCAGUAACCUAAGGGGGCCCAGAGGGGUUAUAACUUCCCCUAACUACCCUGUUCAGUAUGAGAACAACGCACACUGUGUGUGGGUCAUCACUGCAAUGGACUCUGGGAAGGUGAUAAAGCUGUCAUUUGAAGAGUUUGACCUGGAAAGAGGAUAUGACACACUUACUGUGGGAGAUGGCGGGAAGAUAGGAGACACUCGGAGGGUACUCUACGUACUCACUGGCUCCAGUGUUCCUGACCUCAUCGUUAGCUUGUCCAAUCAGAUGUGGCUACACCUGCAGUCAGAUGAUACUAUCGGCUCAGCAGGCUUUAAGGCAGUCUAUGAAGAGAUAGAACGGGGAGGCUGUGGGGAUCCUGGAGUGCCAGCGUUUGGUCGUCGUAGUGGCGAUCGCUUUCAACAUGGUGACGUGUUGACCUUCUUUUGCCAGUCAGCCUUUGAACUUGUGGGAGAAAGGACCAUUACAUGCCAGCACAAUAACCAGUGGUCUGGGAAUAAACCCAGCUGUGUCUUCUCAUGUUUCUUCAACUUCACGGCUCCAUCAGGGACUAUAUUGUCCCCAAACUACCCAGAGGAGUAUGGGAACAACCUGAACUGUGUGUGGUUGAUUAUCUCUGAACCAGGAAGCCGCAUUCAUCUCCUCUUCUCUGAUUUUGACCUGGAGCCACAGUUCGACUGGUUGGUGGUCAAAGAUGAAGGUCUGUCUGAGCCGACAACAUUUGGGACGUUCUCAGGAAAAGAUGUUCCAUCACAGAUCGCCUCAAACGGACACAUCAUGAGACUGGAAUUUCAGUCUGAUCACUCUAAUACUGGAAAAGGCUUCAAUAUCAGCUACACCACAUUUGGUCAGAAUGAAUGUCAUGACCCCGGAGUUCCUGUCAAUGGUCAAAGGUACGGUGACCAGUUUCAGCUAGGCAGUUCUGUGGCUUUUCGCUGUGAUCAAGGCUUCAUUAGGACACAGGGGUCAGAUCAGGUCACUUGCAUCAUCCAGGAUGGAAAUGUAGUUUGGUCUGCGGCUGUACCUCGGUGUGAAGCUCCAUGUGGAGGCCAUCUCACUGCUCCUACUGGUGUUCUGCUGUCUCCUGGUUGGCCUUCCUUUUAUAAAGACUCCCUGAGUUGCCAGUGGGUGAUUGAAGCACAAACAGACCAUGCUGUAAAGAUACACUUUGACAGGUUUCAGACUGAGGUCAAUUAUGACACACUGGAAAUUAGGGAUGGCCCCUCAGCCUCCUCUCCACUGAUCGGCGAAUACCAUGGCACCCAAGCACCUCAUUUCCUGAUUUCUACGUCCAACUUCCUGUUCCUGUUGUUCACUACAGACAACAGCCGCUCUGCCGCAGGCUUCAGCAUCAGAUAUGAGAGUGUGAAAAUGGAGUCAGACUCUUGUCUCGAUCCUGGUAUCCCAGUCAAUGGUCGUCGCCAUGGCAGCAGCUUUUCCAUUGGCUCCCGUGUCUCCUUUACAUGUGACCCAGGAUACACACUGAGUGAUCAGGAGCCAAUUGUUUGUGAGCAGAAUCAUCAGUGGAGUCACGCUCUUCCCAGUUGUGAUGCUCUUUGUGGAGGCUAUGUUUAUGGUAAAACAGGGACUAUUCUGUCUCCUGGCUUUCCUGACUUCUACCCUAAUUCUCUUAACUGCACCUGGACUAUAGAGGUGUCUCAUGGGAAAGGAGUCCACCUGGUUUUCCACACUUUCCAUCUGGAGGAGAACCACGACUACCUGUCCAUCACUGAGGACGGGAAUUUCCAGGUCCCUGUAGCUCGGCUCACUGGCUCAGUGCUGCCCCCUAGUGUCAAAGCAGGACUGUAUGGGAACUUCAGCGCUCAGUUACGAUUUAUAUCAGAUUUUUCCAUGAGUUAUGAAGGCUUUAAUAUUACUUUCUCAGAGUACGACUUAGAGCCAUGUGAAGAUCCCGGUGUACCAGCAUUCAGCAGGAGGAUGGGAUUCAGAUUUCGAGUUGGCGACUCCCUGGCCUUCUCUUGUUUCCAUGGCUACCGACUUGAGGGAGACAGCAAGAUCACUUGUCUGGGAGGAGGCAGGCGAGUCUGGAGCAACACACUACCACGAUGUAUAGCUGAGUGUGGAGCCUCCUCUCUAGGACCAGAAGGCGUUCUCCUUUCUCCAAACUUCCCCUCAAACUACGAUAAUAACCACGAGUGCAUCUACCGCAUCACUACUGAAAAGGGCAAAGGAAUCAGGCUGAAAGCCGAGAGCUUCUUGUUGCAGGAUGGAGAUUAUCUCAAGGUAUAUGAUGGAGAGAACACUUCAUCCCGUCUCCUUGGCAACUUUACACAAGAUGGCAUGAUGGGUCAUGUCAUCAAUAGUACGUCCAAUCACCUGUGGCUGGAGUUCAACAGCAAUGCCUCUGGAACCAAUCAGGGCUUUCGCCUCACAUACACAAGUUUUGACCUAGUACGCUGCGAGGAACCAGGAAUCCCGAGUUAUGGGUAUAAGAUCCAGGACGACGGUCAUUAUGCCAACACCUUUGUCCUGUACUCCUGCAACCCUGGAUACAGUCUCCAUGGCAGCAGUACACUCACCUGUCUUAGCGGGGACAGACGUGUCUGGGACAAACCACUUCCCUCCUGUAUUGCGGAAUGUGGAGGUCACAUAACUGGAGCAGUGUCUGGACGGAUUCUGUCUCCAGGAUAUCCUGCUCCUUAUGACAAUAACCUCCACUGUACCUGGACUAUAGAGGCUGAUACAGGCAAGACUAUCAGCCUCCACUUCAUUGUCUUUGAUACUGAGAUUGGCCAUGAUAUCCUGAGAGUUUGGGAUGGUCCAUCUGGGCCAUCAGAUGGAGGCAUCCUGUUGAAAGAAUGGUCAGGCCCAUCCCUACCUGAAGAUAUCCACUCGACUUUCAACAUACUCACGCUGCAGUUUGAUUCAGAUUAUUUCAUCAGCAAGCAAGGAUUUUCUAUACAGUUCUCCACCACUACAGCUACGACCUGCAAUGACCCAGGCAUCCCUGUGAAUGGUUCCCGAUACGGGGACAGUAAGGAGCCUGGUGACAGUAUGACGUUCCAGUGUGACCCGGGCUACCAGCUGGAAGGCCAGGACACCAUCACAUGUGUACGGAUGGAUAAUAGAUUCUACUGGCAACCUGACCCUCCAACAUGUAUAGCAACCUGUGGGGGUAACAUCAGUGGACCCUCUGGGGUAAUUCUGUCUCCUAACUACCCCCAGCCUUACCCUCCGGGGAAAGAGUGUGACUGGAGAAUCAGAGUCAACCCUGACUUUGUCAUUGCCCUCAUCUUCAAAAGUUUUAACAUGGAGCCAAGUUAUGACUUCCUGCACAUCUACGAGGGUGAAGACUCUAAUGGUCCGUUGCUAGCAAGUCUCCAAGGCAACCAGGCCCCAGAGCGGAUAGAGAGCAGUGGUAACAGUCUCUUCCUGGCAUUCAGAUCUGACGCCUCGCUGGGCAUGUCUGGUUUCGCCAUCGAGUACAGAGAAAAACCAAGAGAGGCCUGUUUUGACCCUGGUAACAUUAUGAAUGCCAGUCGGACAGGUUAUGACUACAAACUGGGAUCUCAGGUCUCCUACAACUGUCACCAUGGCUACACAACUGUCGGUGGAGAUACCAUCACCUGUGUCAUGGGGCAUGAUGGGAAGCCGGUGUGGGACAGGGCUCUGCCAUCAUGUAAAGCUCCAUGUGGAGGACAGUAUGGUGGAUCUGAAGGAGUUGUUUUGUCUCCAAACUAUCCCCUAAACUACACUACAAGACAGACAUGCUCCUAUUACAUCACUGUGUCCCCACAGUUUGUGGUGUUCGGUCAGUUUGCCGUUUUCCAGACAGCGAUGAAUGACUCUGUGGAGCUGUUUGAUGGAGCCAAUGAGAACGCUCGAUUGCUUAGCUCCCUGGCUGGGUCACACUCGGGAGAGACAUUGCCAUUGGCAACUUCCAAUCAGAUCAUGUUGCGGUUCAAUGCUAAGAGUGGCCAGUCAGCUAGAGGCUUUCACUUUGUCUACCAAGCUGUACCUCGCACCAGUGACAGUCAAUGCAGCUCAGUUCCAGAGCCUCGAUAUGGCAGGCGCAUUGGCUCAGAGUUCUCAGCCGGUUCUGUGGUUCGGUUCGAGUGCAGUCCAGGGUAUCUGUUGAAAGGAUCCAGUGCUAUCCGGUGCCAGGCCGUGCCAGGUGCCCUUGCACAAUGGAACGCAACAACACCAACCUGUAUAGUCCCCUGCAGUGGCAAUUUGACCGAACGUCGUGGUACAAUACUGUCUCCUGGCUAUCCUGAACCCUACCCAAACAGUCUCAACUGUCUGUGGAGGAUCCAUGUCAGUGAAGGGGCGGGGAUACAGAUCCAAGUGGUGACGUUUGCUACUGAGCACAACUGGGACUCUCUGGAGAUCUACGAUGGAGGAGACAUGACAGCUCCUAAAUUAGGGUCAUUUUCUGGAACUACAGCUCCUGCCCUCCUCAACUCGACAUCAAAUCAGCUUCUUCUGCACUUUCAGAGUGACAUCAGUGUGGUGGCAGCAGGCUUUCACCUAGAAUACAAGACUGUUGGUCUUACCACCUGUCCAGAGCCAAUGAUCCCAGCCAAUGGCAUUAAAACUGGAGACAGAUAUAUGGUCAAUGAGGUGGUGGCAUUCACCUGUGAGCCUGGAUACACGUUACAGGGCCACUCUCACAUCUCCUGCAUGCCUGGUACUGUGCGCCGAUGGAACUACCCACCUCCUCUUUGCAUAGCGCGUUGCGGUGGGGUGUUGUCUGAGAUGAGUGGCGUCAUCCUUAGUCCAGGUUUCCCUGGCAACUACCCCGGCAACCUGGACUGCACCUGGCAAAUCACCCUGCCAACUGGAUAUGGAGCCCAUAUUCAGUUCCAAAACUUCUCCUCUGAAGACAACCAUGACUUCCUAGAGGUCAGGGCUGGACCACAACACAGCUCUGCUCUUAUUGGACAGUUUACUGGCUCACAGAUCCCACCCCCUCUACUGAGCACUACCCACCUGACGAUCAUCCACUUCUACAGUGACCACUCAGAGAACAGGCCAGGAUUCAGACUGACCUAUCAGGCCUAUCAACUGCAAAACUGCCAGGACCCCUUUCCUUUCCCCAAUGGUGACAUUAUCAACAGUGACUACAGCGCUGGCCAAUCAGUGACUUUUCAGUGCUACCCUGGUUAUGUUCUGAUCGGACACCCAGUACUAACGUGCCUCCAUGGGACCAACCGAAAGUGGAACCAUCCAUUUCCACGCUGUGAGGCUCCUUGCGGCUACAAUGUCACAGCUGAAAAUGGGACCAUCUAUUCACCUCAGUAUCCCAAUGAAUACCCAAACUCCCAAGACUGUAUCUGGCUCAUCACUGUUCCCCACGGACAUGGAGUUUAUAUCAACUUUACUUUAUUGCAGACUGAGCCUGUCACUGAUUACAUUGCUGUGUGGGACGGCCCAGAUACGUCCAGCCCUCAGCUGGGAGUCUUCAGUGGCAACACAGCAUUAGAGUCGGCCUACAGUACCAGUCCGAAGGUCCUGAUCCGCUUUCACUCUGACUUUUCAACUGGAGGGUUCUUCAUUCUCAACUUCCAUGCUUACCGUCUGAAGAAAUGCCCUCCUCCCCCUGUUGUGGAGAAUGCAGAGGUGAUCUAUGAAGAUGAAGACUUCCAGAUAGGAGAUAUUGUAAAGUAUCGCUGUUUACCUGGAUACACACUGGUCGGAAAAGCAGAGCUUAUGUGCAAACUAAACUCCCAUUUGCUCUUUGAAGCCCCACCACCAACAUGUCAAGCCCAAUGCCCAGCCAAUGAGGAGCGGUCUUCCUCAUCAGGAGUCAUACUAAGCCCCGGGUUUCCUAGCAACUACCCCAACAGCCAGACAUGCUCCUGGCUGUUGCGUAUGGUUCCAGGUUAUACCAUCAAUAUCUACGUAGAGAUGUUCCACAGUGAGAAACAGUUUGAUGAACUGGAGAUUUUUGACGGUUCCUCAGGACAAAGCCCUUUGCUAGUUGCUUUAAGUGGUAACCACUCAUCUCAGCUGAACUUCACAUCUAAAACAAACCAGCUCUAUCUACGAUGGUCCACUGAUCAUGCAACCAACAAGAGAGGAUUCAAGAUACGAUAUUCAGCUGCCUACUGUAGCAUUAAUGAUCCCCCUGUGAAUGGAGGCGUGGUUAACCGAACCAAACUCCGUCCAGGUAGUAGACUACAGUUCUUUUGUAACCGUGGUUACCGCCUGGUAGGCUCAAGCAAUGCCACCUGCAGACUCCACUCCAAUGGGCUUUUCCAGUGGGAUACACCACCGCCUUUUUGUCAAGCUAUCUCAUGUGGAAUACCUCAGUCGCCAGGCAAUGGCAGCUUCCAUGCAUACCAGUACACCGUUGGUAGCCAGGUUACCUACCAUUGUAACCAUGGGUACCACCUUGACCCCGGUGUUUCAAUGACAGCAGUGUGUUUGGAGGAUGGCAGCUGGAGUAAUGCUGCCUCAGCCCCCAGAUGUCUACCGGUGCACUGCCCUAGCAUCGAGGGCGUCUUGUUAGAUCACAUGACCUACCGCCUGCUCUAUGGUAGAUUGGGAGAGUUUGGGUCCAUGGUGAUGCUAGAAUGCUCAACAGGGUACUAUUUGGGUAUGGGGCAUCGAACUCUUCGCUGCCUUGCCAACGGGACCUGGGAGGGGUCAGAUGACACAGCUACAUGCAAAAUCAUCUCCUGUGGUGAGCUUCCUUCUCCACCCUUUGGGACCAAACUGGGGACGUUGACCACAUUUGGAGCAACUGCAAUCUUUAUGUGUAACCAUGGUUACACGCUGGUGGGGUCACAUGUCAGAGAGUGCGGUGCUAACGGGCUGUGGAGUGGCACAGAGACCAGGUGUCUAGCUGGUCACUGUGACUCUCCAGAUCCUAUAGUCAAUGGCCACAUUAGUGGAGAUGGCUCUAGUUACCGUGACACAGUGGUGUACCAGUGCAUGUUAGGAUAUCGCCUCAUUGGCACAUCAGUCAGAAUCUGCCAGCAAGACCAUCGAUGGUCUGGAACAACACCCGUUUGCGUCCCUAUCACUUGUGGUCACCCCGGCAACCCAGCCAAUGGGCGGACCAAUGGCAGCGAGUUCAACCUCAACGAUGUCGUCAACUUCACCUGUAACAGAGGUUACAUCCUCAGUGGAAAUGGUCGUGCUCAGUGCCGACUCAAUGGACAGUGGAGCAGCCCCCUACCUGUUUGCAAAGUGGUAAACUGUUCAGACCCUGGCCAUGUGGAGAAUGGGGUGCGCCAGUCUGGCCUACGUUACCCAGAAGUCUUCAGCUAUGGCGUAAGUGUGGCAAUCCACUGCAAACGAGGCUUCUACCUGCUGGGCUCUGCGCUUCUCACAUGCCAACAUGAUGGGCGUUGGGACCGACCAAUCCCUCGCUGCCAAGCUAUUUCCUGUGGAGACCCUGGUGUACCCCCUAAUGCAGUAGUGUCAGGAACCCACAGUUGGACGUAUGGUUCAGUGCUACAGUACUCCUGUCUGCCUGGAGGGGUGCUGGUGGGCAAUGCUACUCGCCACUGUCAGGAAGAUGGCACGUGGAGCGGAGCACCACCAUACUGCACUGGUGUAAGUCCAGGUAUCUGUGGAGACCCAGGGAUCCCUCCCCAUGGUGCCCGUCUGGGAGGGGAAGAAUUCAAAACCAAGAGCUUGCUGCGUUUCAGCUGUGAGGCGGGAUAUAGUUUGACUGGCUCAGCUGAAAGGACCUGCCUUCACAAUGGCACCUGGAGUGGCACGCAGCCUGUCUGUCAAGCUGUAUCCUGUGGUAACCCUGGCACCCCAGCACAUGGCAGAAUUGUAUUCAGUGAUGGCAUCACCUUCGGCAGCUCAGUGGCUUAUGCAUGCUGGGAAGGCUUCAAAACAUCAGGCCUGACCACCAGACAUUGCACAACAAAUGGAACAUGGACAGGACAACCCCCAGACUGCACUGUGAUCAGUUGCGGAGACCCUGGGCCAGUAGCCAACGGGAUCUAUCUCGGAAGUGAGUUUACCUUCAACCACACAGUGACCUACCGUUGUAACCCUGGUCACCUGAUGGAACCUCCUGGACAUGGACGCAGCGUCCUGCGCUGCACUAAAGAUGGAACGUGGAACCAAACCAAACCCAGCUGUAAAGUGAUCCAGUGUGGACCUCCUCCUCAAGUACAUCAUGGGAAAGUUGAAGGGAUGGACCAUUCGUGGGGAUCGAGUGUUAGCUACAGUUGUUUCCAUGGUUACCAGGUGUCCACCCCUGUUGUCUUAACCUGUGAGGGGAAUGGGACAUGGACAGGAGACGUACCGCAGUGUCUGCCUGUCCUGUGUGGUGAUCCUGGCUCUCCUGGAGGAGGAUUCAGAGAGGGGAACAUCUUUUCGUACCGGUCAGAGGUCAGGUUCUACUGCCAUACCCCCUACUUGCUGGUAGGCUCUGCCUCCAGAGUCUGUCAGUCUGAUGGGAUUUGGAGUGGCCAGCAACCAGCCUGUAUAGACCCAGCAUUCAACAGCUGUCGUGACCCAGGAACUCCAGCCUAUGGUAUCCCGGUCAUGGCCCAGGGCCUUCAGGUUGGCAGUAAGAUUUCCUUCAAGUGCCGCAAAAACUACCACAUCCUUGGUUCAACCACAAGAACGUGCCUAGAAAAUCUAACCUGGAGUGGAACUCAACCUGAGUGCAUUGCCCACUCAUGCAGACAGCCAGAGACCCCCAGUAAUGUAGAUGUUCGAUCUAUGGACCUUCCUACCUUGGGAUACACGCUGAUCUACACCUGUCAAGACGGUUUCUAUCUGGCCGGGGGAUCAGAGCACAGAACCUGCAAAAGUGAUGGGAGAUGGUCGGGCAAACCCCCACUCUGUAAAGUUGGAGUGAAAGUCAAUCCCAAAGGCAGAGGAGAGUCAGAUGUCCAGAAGAAUAAGAUUCGUGUUCCAGUGGAUGUGUUCUCUCCAAACUCUGAGUGGAGCGGUUUCUACGAGUAUCUAGGGAAGAGACAGGCCACCACAUUCACAGUUACUGGGUUCAAUGCUACCAGUGGCAGAGUUAAUGUCACAUUACUGGAGACCAGCGGAGUGUCAAUCAGACUGUCAGGCACCUAUAAAUCAGAGGAAAAUCAGCUGCUGUUAAAAGUCUACCAGGUGAAGGGCCCAACAGAGCAUUACUUCAGCAAGUUUAAAAAUGACAACUGGGCGAUGGAUGGAUAUGUUACAGCAGAAUCGGACCAGAAGACCUUUGUUUACCAAGGGCAUAUUCACAGUAAAGACUUCGGCAAGUUUCAUCUGACAAGGCAAGGCCCUGUAACCAUGGCAAUGGACCCAUCCAACCCCUACACAAACAGCAGCUCUGUGGCAGCAGCCAUCUUAGUUCCUUUCUUUGCCCUCAUCCUGUCUGGAUUUGCCUUCUACCUCUACAAGCACAGGACAUUGUCUGCUGACACAGAUGACAAUGAGAGACCAAAAGACACCUGGGGGCCUGGCGGCAGGACGCGUCCCAAGGUCCAGUUCAAUGGCUAUGUUGGCCAUGAGAGCUCCAACGGUCAGGCAUCAUUUGAAAACCCAAUGUAUGACACCAACAUGAAGCCCACUGAGGCUAAGGCAGUUCGAUUUGACACCACACUCAAUACAGUCUGCACUGUGGUAUAGUCCAGAAAAUCUGCCACUACUUACAUAGUUACACAGUGGUUCCAUCCAGCUUCCAUGUUGCAGUCUGCGGUUUGGUUUAACCAAACAAAAAAGAAAGAACAAACUCAUGAUUCGGACAUGUCACCGUGAGCAGUCUGUGUUGUAGCAUGCUGGUCCUCUGUCAGCAUAAUCUGCACAGUUAUGCAGCUCUGCUCCACCUCCUACCUGAACAAUGGUAUCUUCCACCUCUCCCUAUAGUCUGAAAGAGCUAAAUAAGUUGGAACCAAUAAACAAGGGAGUAGACAAUGAUGUCAUCAAGUAAGAUGAAGUCUGUUGUUCAUGAGAUCAGUGCUGGGAUCAAUUCUCCUUAAGCACUGUUUUAUUGCAAACAUCAAGGGAAAACACAGAGAGUCACAGAAUUAGCUGAACUUCCUCUUCGAGCGAAAAUCUAGUUGAGCAGUGCUCGUCCAGUGUCAGCUGACUGACUUAAAAUUUCACUCAGCCUCCUUAUGGAAAGGGCUUUGUAUGACCUGUAUCAUGUAGCCUUUGAGUGUCCCAACCUGAAUAGUGGUUUACCCCAACCUAAACUCAUCUCCCCUAUGUCAAAUUUGCACAGUGGUAUAGGCUUACUAACUCCCCCUGCUGCAGGCCAGACAAGGAUUUGACCAAUGUAAGGUUCUACCCUCAGGGGAAGCACAUAUAUUCCACCCCUCAGCCCCCUCCAGACAUUGAAUAGUAAUUAGACAAUUCCACGUGUCAACACAAAAAACCAUCAUUGGUGCUGGACCAAAACCUCCCACUGGACUUCCAUCAUGCUGGACUUGACAGGACUGUACUCUCUGAUGUAAUGACAGCUUAUCCAGUCUGUCUCAGGCUGCUGUAAAGCUGACAACCAAAUGCCGUCAAUGCAGUGAUAUGUUCAACCAGAACAAUUCCUUUAAAGAAAAUGAUACUCCUAUCCAGUACUGGAUAUUAGUAUUAAAUCAAUAAGAGAGGCGGCAGACCAGCGGUACACAACAGGUUCAAAUAACAGUUGCAGAUAAGUUUGAAAUGUUUUAGCCUACAUGGAGAACUGAAUGGGUUGGGUUUAAUAUAGCAGGACAAUCACAGAUAUAGGUAAGAUGAGUUGGCAGUUAAUAAUGGAUUUUCAAAUAGGUUCCUGUGAUUGUAUUUACCCUCUCCCACUUGUUGUACUGCCUUUUAUGACAGUGUCUGCCUAUGGUAUUUGGCAACAUUUAGACUAAAACAUACCAAAUCAAGCAUUUGCAAAUGCUAUUUUGCCCAAACGUACUACUAGAACUUGUGAACUAGUUCUAGAUGGGUUUUGGACAUUUACAAAUAUUCUACAGAGGUACUACACACAUAGAAUUAGUCAAAUACACAGUAUUACACACUAGCACUAGGCAGACUGUGCUGAACCAGAAAACCAGACAUUUGAGUUGCCGGGCUGGUGUACACAAUGGACUGGUUUCCAGAGGCCUGUCUAACACCAUCACAGAGUCAGACAACUGACUCUUUUUCUUGGCCCAGCCAGGAUUCUGUGUGGAAGCCUGGAAGAUCGUCGACUGCUGCAAUCAGCUGUGGCCAGAUCCAGGAAAUGAUUUGUCUUCUCGUAACUCUGGUCGGGAUUAUCAGUCAGUCAAGUGAUGACUGAUUUUUUUUUUUCUACAUUGUACUCUCCAGCCACAAAAUCAGAAACAGAUUAACAGACAGACUGGUUGACUGACAGAAAUUAGACAGACGGACACAAACAAAUGGACAGAUAGACACCCCUGUCAGUCGUGCUGGAAAAAAAGAGACAAGGACAGGUCGCUAUGGAAACAGAGACAAAUAUUUGUCUCCAGUUGUCUCUUCUGGCAUUUUUCUUCAGUGAAGAUAUUGAUGAACAGACUCUUAUGUUCGAAAACCCAGUGGCCCCAUGGGACUUCCCAAACCACUGCUGCUGGGGACCCUAAAAUAUAAACUUUAUAUAAACUCUAAAACCGCACAAAUUUUGCACUAGUGUGUUUUUCUGACUGGGUUAUGAAAAAAAAGAGUACUUUUUGGGUCUGAAAUGGGUUUGAAAAAUGAGUCAUUAAAAAAAGAGAAUUUUAUUCAAAAACUUCUAUCUUUAAAAAGAUGACAAAAUGACUAAAUACAGGGUUACAGAGUGUUUGUAUAUACACAUUUAUAUGUCACACUCCCUGUUAGCAGAAGGUGUGACCACAUGCUAUACCGUUGUUUAUUUCGUUGUCAUGACAACAUGCUAGCCAACCAGAAAGUUGGGAUCAGUUUACCUGUGGACCUCUGAGCUUCUACUGUCUGUAAUGUAAUGUAAUGGCACCACCCUCCUGCCAUUUUUUAGAAGAGUGGCUUUUUCUGAAAGCUCAUACUGAAUACUGUUACUACUACAAUAUGUGGAAGAAGUAUACAGAAAGGCUCACAUCCAUGAUAUGCAGUAUGGUCCCACUGAAACACUGAUACCACACUGCUAGUUUUAUUUACAGCCAUUAAACGCCAUCAUUUUCUGAGAUACUUCACCCAUGAGAUAAACUAAAUAGUACACAGUUAAGAUACUUAGAUACACAUAGAUUAAAUAGUAGUAGUAGCAGACAGCAUAAGUUUUCAGAAACAACAUGUGACUGUUUAUCUAACUCUCUUUAAAAAGAUGUGUUGUCAGUGUUCCUUACUACUCACUUUUAUCAUGCAUCAUCUCUCAACACAUUUUGAAUAUCUGAUGCACAUGAUCGGCUUUCAACACACCUUUUUAAAGAGCACACAGUGCAUGCGUGAUCUGUUUGAGAAGUGGUCAUUUGAGGCAGAGGACAAACAGAUACAGUGCGAAGACAACAUGCACAAUUAUUGUUGUCAACACUUAUUGCCCUCCUGAGCCCCUCUCCAUUGUUUGAGAAAUACCUCGUGUGCAGAGAGUAAGUUACAUCCUGCUUAUCAAUGCUGGAACCUCACUGCAACAAAUACACAAGCUUAGUGAAUGCGACCUCUCUAUCUGCUUAUUUCCUGGUAUUUGGAGUCAAAAUGUCGCCCAUGAGUCUGCCGGAUCCAAGAUAAUUCACUGGUUCCAAAUCACUUGCCAAGCUUGUUAUUUCUCGCAGUGUUCUCUCAAAAUAUUUUUAUUUUUUUGAAAGAUGCUGCACUUGGUGUAGAUCACAGAUGUAACUGCUUUCAACGUGUGUCUUUUAGUGUCUUCAGGCCUGUUUCCUGUUUAACGCAUAACAUUAAGGCAUUAGGUUUACACUUCAGGCAUUUGCUUUAACCUGCAUGAUUUUUAUUGUCCAACUGUUUCCUUUAUGGUCAAGCAUUCAGGCUGUUCAUCAUAUCAUCAUAUACUUACAAACUAAAUCACACAUCCAUUCAUUUACAGGUCCAAUAUCAAUUGCUGAGUAGAAUGUAUGAGAGCCAGAUAAUGAAAAUAUACAACUGAUAAAAAUGAUUAUUUUGUCCAUGACGUGUUAUAUUAGAGUGUUAUACUCCAGCCCAGACUCAAUUCACUGAAAUUCAAGAGUGGAUUUUUCCAAGAACUGAAAUACUGAAAGAAAAAAAAAGAAAAAACGUUUGGCAUGAGAAAGUUGUCGCAUCCACUUAUUUUGAAAUAAGUAAGAAUGAAUUAACAAGUAAAUUGCAGUUUCUGUUUAGAUUUUCUGCUCAUUUAAUUGAAAAUGACUCUAACCCAAACCUGAAUACUGCAAAUGAGAUGUCCUGAAACAAUAAUGAUUAUGUUUGGAAGCAUGGCUACAUGAUAUUAUUGGUAUUAUAAUAUCCAUUGUCAGCCAGUCAUUCCCCAUUUAUGCUGAAGGGUUGUGUGAGACAGAGUAUAGAUGUACAGAUGUGUGUAGUAGCUAAAAUUCUGGCAAUCGUUUAAGAGUGUGGCAAGACAGAAGACUCGCAUUCAAAAUCUCUUCACAGGAAUAAACAAGACAUCUGUAAACAACAGCAGAGCAUCAGCUCACAAGAUCAUGAGCCUCCUCUCUUUUUAUUGCUGGAGUGCACCCAGUGCCUCUACUUUAAUUGAUUUUAAUUAAUUCAGUUGAGAUUUCCUAUGGAGUCAAGAGUGCAUAAUAGCGCCUGAAAAUUAGAGGCUGCAAGGUUUCCGCAAGUGUAAUAAAAGGUCUCAUUUUUAACAAUUAAUGACACAGGUCUGAUCCCCUAGUGUUCCUGGAAAAAAAUUUUACUCCUAUUUAUUCUGGCACGUAAAAAUCAGCCAGAGGUUAGAUUUCAGAUCUGGCGUACCCACAGGGACUCAGGCAAAUAGAAAGCAAAUAUUUGUGCAGAUCCUUGAAGGUUAUGGCAUAUAGGUCAUAAUAAAAUCUGAAGCUUACAGCAGAGCUCUAAAAUUAUUAUGUUUCUGUAAGCUCACAUGGAUACCAGAUGAGCUCAAAUGAGAGUUUGACUUUCCCCCCAGUAACCCUUCAGUGUCUCAGUAACCAGCUGUUUAGAGGCAGAUGUCAUCUGUGGUUUAAUUCGAUCAGCCCAGCGCUAACUUUGCCCCAUUCAAGUAUAGAUAGUGUCCAUGUCAGUUGAGUACUUGUUUAUGUUCAUAGAAAUGUUUGCCAGUGUACUUACUGCAAUGUGUAUUGAUAUGAAGAUCAGUUCAUUCUCUGGGUGGAAGUAUUUCUUUACAUUUCAUUUCUUUGAUUCUAUCAGGACUCACAGAAAGACCACUUCAUGCUGAGUCAUGUUAGAGGUGCAGUGAGAACACACCCCUGGAUUGUUGGAAGUACUAACCAAAUGAAAUAUCACAUAUUCUUAUGACAGCUGGAGACAAUUCAUUUUCUUGAUAAUUUGAUUAAAAUCAAAGGAAUGUGAAGGAUGGAACAGGAACUCCUCUAUGAGGUCUACCUGUGUCUCCUCUCACAUAUAAACAGCAGGUAAAGGAGGUCUGUUCCUGUGGCAUUGAUUAAGAUUAUUUUUGUGGACAUGAGUUUACUAUAGGACAACAUUUUUAUUGAAGCCAAAAGUAUGCCGCAAUGUAUUUUAAAUCUUAAUAGAAUCAAAUUUUAUAACAAAGGACCCUUCCUGGUGCAAUGAGAUAAUCUUGUUUGGUAUAGCUAUUCUGUUUAUUUCUGUUGGAAAACGUAGGGAAUACAAUGGGGUUUCACAUACUGUUAGGCUGAUACAGUGCAACAGAGUGAUGUCUAGCCAUAACAGUACCAGUCCACACUCUGCUUUUUAAAAUCAGAUGUGUGUUGUUUAACUAAACAUGACACAUCCCUGCUCUGAGACAAAUUCUAGAUAAUGUUCACUUCCCUCAAACUUUUUUACAAUUUGUGUAGAAGUUUCCACAUUAGUCCUUCAUUUGGCAUUGUCAGCAGUCCUCACUUUAAAAAAGAGCGACAUCUGGCUACUGGUUUAAAAAAAAAAGAAAAAAAAGAAUAAAACUACCCUCUAAAUUUUAAAAUGCCAAGGUUGUUUCCGCUUCUUCAGCUGAGUCUUUUCACAGUUUGGGAAGACGGUUCCACAUUUGUCCCUCACCUUCUCUAAAGUGGUACUGUCAGCAGUCCUCAUUGAAACAAAGGGGCCUGUGGUUGCUUCGAGCUUAAAAAAAAAAACACCGGCUAAAAUUGUAAAUGUCACACAUUCUUUCUUUUCACGCAGUGUCAUGUGGCACAGACAAGCUUCUAGAUUACAUCUCGAUGUAAUCUAAAUUACAUCAAGAUGGGGUCUGAGAGUCAUUUAAACAUUCAUACAAACAUACCCAGGGACGACUGCAGGGUGAUGGGGCUGAACUUUUCCUGUAAAGAUAGUGAGGGAAAAUCCAGUUUCAGUCUUGCUUGGACAGGAGCUGUGUUAUACAUGUGCUCAUAUGUAGCUCAGUCACUAUAUCGGCCUGUAUAUGGAUUUUUAUCUGUGGUGGAACUUUAUUGCCAGAUGGAAAUCAGACCUUUCUGAUUGUGUGUGUGUGUGUGUGUGUGUGUGUGUGUGUGUGUGUAUGUCUGUAGUAUUCUUGGACAAUCCUUGUCCCUUUUCCAUACAUGCACACUCACACUACAUAUAUCUGGACUGUUUUCUGCUUCACUUUUCAGUCGAAUCGUAUUAAAAAUAUUCAGUAUUGCAGUUCAUUUGCCCUUGACAGGACUUCCCCUUCUUCUCAAUACUUUGGAUAGGACAACCCUCUCAUGCAGUACGUUCAGAAUUGGAGCUUUGAGGAAAAUCUACAACCUUGCUAAAUGUAGCCCUGCUUCACUUAUCAGUGCAAAGGAUGGAUAAUUGUCAUUUCAGCACAUGGCAGCUUCUAGAUUGGGAUGCCACACAUAUUAAUACUAUAUUCAAACUUAACAGUGACAGGAUGCGUUCUCAGCAACAUAUUGACGUGCAAAUGGCUGUUUGUUGCUUAUGAAUGUGUACUGAACAAUGCUUAAUAUUUUUGUUGUCACGAAUGGCACAGAGAUAUAUUGAAAAAUGGCAGGCCUUUACCAGGAAGUCGCCAUCAUCAUUCAUGUUAUUGUUUUAAGCAUCAUAAUCGUCACCAUCAUCAUCACUGUCACCUCUCACCAUCAUCAUGUGCUGCUGAACUUGAAGUAGGUGCAAAAGAAAAAAAAAAUUUUGUACAGAAAUCUAUUUUUUAUGGAGAAUUUGUAAAAAAAGAAAACAAAUUAUUAAACAUGCUGUACUUUUUAUGAUUAAUGAUGUAGGUACAACAAAAUCUUGUUCAUUACAGUCAAUGUUUUUACUGUUACACACCAUGUAAAAAUCUAUGGUUCAAACUGAGUAUCAAAUAUCAAAAUGUCAUAUGAUCUCUUUUGUCUAUUACGGCUGCUUUUACACAGGAACAAAAAACCUUGUGGGACCUGGAAUUAAUCUCUGUGGUGGAGAGACACUUCUCUCUGGGUCACAAUCUAAAACACUUUAGUCAAUUCCAACUCCUCUUCAUCUGAACACUGAAAUUCUCCACAUUCACUGCAAAAAUAUGUUAAAAAUGUGAUGAUAUACAGAAGAGCUUUGAGUGACUUCUAAUGAAGCUGCAGUGCUGUAAGAGUUGUCUGAGCAUUGGUGAUUCCUCACAUUAAAAUAUCUUGUUUACGUACAUUUCUUUGGAAUUGAUUUUAGAAUCACAUACACUUUACAAUGAACAAAUUAUAAACACCAGAUGUUUAGUGUCAUCAUGUCAUUGUACCACAGUGUACCAUGGUUGGGUUGAAAACAACCAUUCCUUUUAAAGACAGUGUUCUUGUGUAACAGCAGCCCUGUGUGACUGAUCCUAAUGUCUGUAACUGGGAGAGGGAUGACUUCCACAGGCACAAAAGAUUUUGGAUGACUUAACCCCUUUUACGGCCCAAAAUCUGACCCCAUGGCUGUCUAAACAAGGAGGAAUCUGCUUCUCCUCGCUUGGAUGUUAUGGGUUUAGAGUGGAAAAUAAAGUUUAAGUAAAUUUAGACUCAAGCAGCAGCAUUGGCAAAUCGGCAACCGUUUUGGAGGCUUCUAUGUUUGAUCGGUAAAACAAGACUGGUACUCUUACGUUUUGAAUUAAAGGAUGGAAAAUGAUAUUUUUCUGUCCACCUAUGAGAUCAUGACAGAGAACCAACAUGGAGUGUUGUAAAGGGUUGAACAACAGACACUGUAUGUGAAUGCAGCCUCACAACCUGCUGUCAAAGAGACUCACAGUUUAUCUAUCAGCUAUUUUGAAGACAUUAUUUGAGAAUAAAG